UGCCACUCUUCUGUCUAUCUGUCUCUUAUUCUCUCCUUAAAUUAUCAUCUUAAUAAAGAACAAAUGUCGGAAACAACAACCCUUUAACUCUUUAUUUCCUAUAAAUCUCCUAUAUCUUCUCUCUUUCUUUCAUCUUUCUCAUCACAAUAACAACAUCUUUUGUUUUUGUUUUUGUGUUUUUAUUUUCUUUAUUUUUCAAGAGAGAGAAAUAAGUUAAGAAUUUUGUAAAAUAAUUAUGGGGGGUUGUGCAACUAAGCCCAAAGUGUUGACGGGUGAUCAUGAGAGGGGGGUCCCGGCGCCGGUGCCUGUUAAGGAGGACGCUGUAACAUCUGCCAAGGUACCUGCAGAAGCCAAAGUUGUCGUGGUUGAUGACAAGAAGGUUGUUGGUGAUGGCCAUGGUGGUAUAACUGAAAUUACUAAGGUCGAGGAGAUAGUCGAAGAUGGAAAGGCUGAUGAUCAAAAUACUAAACCUCGAUCCCUCAGUAACUUGUUCAAGAAUGAUAAAGGGCAGGAGUCAAUACCAGUUGAUGAUAAUGCUCCUUCAGAGGCCCUGAAAGAAGAAUCAAAGAAGGCUGAAAAGGCUAAAGAAGAAUCCGAGACAAAGCAACCUGAAGUUGAAAUUUCUAAGAUUUCUAUUGAGAGUACACCUACUGCAGAUUUUGUUGAUGCUCCUGAGAAAAAGCAACCUGAAGUUGAACAUUAUAAGACUUCUAUUGAGCGAACACCUACUGCAGCUUUUGUUGAUGCUCCUGAGAAGCCUGUUUUUGAGGAAACAUUCCCAGUUGCCAUGACCGAAACCAAGGAAUCAUCGGAGAAGAAAACAGAAGAUGCAAUUAUAACAACAUCGGAGAUGAAAACAGAAGAUGCAGAUAUAACAACAUCGGAGAUGAAAACAGAAGAUGCAGAUAUAACAACAUCGGAGAUGAAAACAGAAGAUGCAGUUAUAACAACAUCGGAGAUAAAACCUGAAGAUGAGGUGAAAUCUUCGGAGAUGACCGAAACCAAGGAAUCAUCGGAGAAGAAAACAAAAGAUGCAAUUAUAAUAACAUCGGAGAUGAAAACAGAAGAUGCAGUUAUAACAACAUCGGAGAUAAAACCCGAAGAUGAGGUGAAAUCUUCUGAGAUUAAACGUGAAGAUCAAAAGCCAUCUGAUGAGAAGAAAAUAGAAGAAGCUAAGUGAAGUUGUGAAAAUAUUUAGUGUCAAAGUGUCGUAGAAGCGUCAUUUGCUAUUCAUUCUGCAGGGAAAUUAAGGCUGCAGGCAAGGCGGUUGGAGGAAUCAAGUAGUUCACUGGUUGAAUUUUUAUGUUUUUGGUUAAUUUUGUGGGUGAACUUGUUUUAAUGUUUUGUUGAAAAUCUCAAAUUUGUUUGGAACUGAAGUUUAUUUCAUGUGGGAUUGUAAAAAUUAUAUAAUAUGAUCACAGGUUGUUUUAUGUACCA